AUGGCUGACAAGCAGGACCAGCCUAUCAACCUAUCUCCAUAUGCUAAAGUGCCUUAUCCUCAACGAUUGAAGCAGGAAAUCCAGAAGCAGCACUAUGCAAGGUUUUUGGAUAUUUUUAAGAAGUUGCAGAUUAACAUUCCGUUUGCUGAGGCCUUGGAGAACAUGUCUCACUAUGCCAAAUUCAUGAAGGAUCUUCUGUCUAAGAAGAGGAAACUGAAGGAUGGUGAGACUGUGGCCUUAACAGAAGAGUGUAGUGCCCUGAUCCAAAAGAAGCUUCCUCCAAAGUUAAAAGACCCAGGAAGUUUCAGCAUUCCUAUUGCCAUUGGAAAUGUGGAAGUAGGGAAGGAACUUUGUGAUUUAGGGGUCAGCAUAAACUUGAUGCCAUUGACCGUACGUAGAGCUUUGGGAAUCAACACAUUGAAGGAUACCAAUCUUAUUCAGCAUCUAGCAGAUAGAUCCAUCAAGAGACCAGAAGGGGUGCUAGAAGAUGUUCUGGUUAAGGUGGAUAAGUUCAUUUUUCCAGUUGACUUUGUGAUUCUUGAUAUGGAAAAGGAAGAUACUGAAAGCCCUCUACUUCUAGGGAGGCCAUUUUUAGCAACUGCUAGAUCCCUGAUUGAUGUUGAACAAGGGAAACCAAUGCUAAGGGUGAAUGAAGAGAUAGUUACAAUUGAUGUGUUUGAAGCCAUCAAACAUCCUGUUGAUGUGGAUGAUUGUUUUAGGAUUGAUGUCAUUCAGGAGGUUGUGGAAGAAGUGACAGGAGAAGAGGACCUGUUAUUAGAGGAAGACAAAUGUAAAGAUGAGAUGAGUGGGGAAUAUUAUCAGGAGGAACCAGUAGUUGAAGAGUUGAUGAUUGUGGCUUCAUUUUUAACUAAGGAAACUCAUGUUCAAGGUUGA